AAUGUUUAAUUUGUAAAUACAAAUUAUAUUUUCUAAAACACAGAUUUAAAGCAUGGCAAAUUCCUUUGCAUUGAAGAACUUCACUGCACUUUCAGAUUUGCAUCCAAAUAUGGCUAAUCUGAAAAUAAUCGGUAUAGUUAUUGGGAAAACAGAUGUCAAAGGCUUUCCAGACAGAAAAAAUAUUGGAUCAGAAAGAUACACUUUCAGUUUCACCAUUCGUGAUUCACCAGCCCAUUUUGUGAAUGUAUCCUCCUGGGGCAGUGAAGAUUACAUCAGGCCACUGUCUGAGAACUUUAAGGUUGGUGAAUGUGUGAUAAUUGAAAAUCCCCUGAUUCAAAGAAAGGAGACAGAAAGAGAAGAAAAGUUCAGCCCUGCAACUCCUAGCAACUGGAAACUACUGCUCAGUGAGAGUCACUCAAUGGUAAAAGUUUGCUCCCCUUAUGAAGUGGAUACCAAGUUACUUUCUUUGAUACACUUGCCUGUUAAAGAAGCUCGAGAUUAUUACUCAUUGACUGACAUUGUUGCAAAUGGACACAAUCUUGAUGGGAGAAUUAUUAAUGUGCUUGCAGCUGUGAGAUCGGUUGGAGAGCCAAAAUACUUUACAACUUCAGACCGAAGAAAAGGCCAGAGGUGUGAAGUUAAACUCUUUGAUGAAACAGAGCCUUCUUUCACAAUGACAUGUUGGGAUAAUGAAUCCAUUCUACUUGCACAGAGCUGGAUGGCACGAGAAACAGUAAUAUUUGCCUCAGAUGUAAGAAUAAAUUUUAACAAAUUUCAGAAUUGCAUGGCAGCCACAGUAAUCUCAAAAACCAUUAUCACAACUAAUCCAGAUACACCAGAAGCCAAUAUCCUUCUGAAUUAUAUAAGAGAAAAUAAAGAAACAAAUGUGGCUGAUGAAAUUGACAGUUAUUUGAAAGAAUCCAUAAACGUAAACACAAUAGUUGAUGUCUAUACAGUGGAACAGUUAAAAGUAAAAGCUUUGAGAAGUGAAGGAAAAGCUGAUCCUUUCUAUGGCAUCCUCUAUGCUUACAUUUCUACACUGAACAUUGAUGAUGAAACUACCAAAGUGGUUAGAAAUAGAUGUUCCAGCUGUGGUUAUAUUGUAAAUGAAGCUUCCAACACUUGUACAAUUUGUAACAAAGAUUCUUCCAGACUUAAGUCACUUUUUCUCAGUUUUGAUCUAUUGGUUGAUCUUACUGACCACACUGGAACACUCCAUUCCUGCAGUCUCACCGGAAGUAUCGCUGAGGAAACUUUGGGUUGCACGACAAAUGAGUUUCUUGCAAUGACAAAUGAACAGAGAACAAAACUGAAGUGGCAGUUUCUUUUGGAAAGAAGCAAAAUUUAUUUAAAAUUGAUUUUAUCACAUAGAGCAAGGGCUGGACUGAAAGUUAGCAUACUCUCCUGUAAGCUUGCAGAUCCCACUGAAGCAAGCAGGAACCUGGUUGGACAAGGACACACUUAAAACCAUGUUUUGUUCCAAAAUAUGUUAAAGUAUAGGAAGUUAACUCUUUAAAAUGGAAUGUUUGAGAAUUAUGUGUAAAAACAUAUUUUGCCUAAUGUAGUAAAACUAUUUCUUAGGUUGCCACUGUUUCCUACUUGGAAGACAGCUUUGCUGUCCUCUCUCACACUGGAAAACAGUUGCUUGUGUACAGUAAUAAAUAUGCUUGAUCUUC